CCCCGGAUGUGUCAUGGCGUCUAAUCGACUGAUUUGGAAGGCUGUCUAGCUGAUGAAAAUAGCUAGAAUAGUCCAUUCUUCAGCGUUUUGUGCGUUCAAGCACCCUAUAAGUAUUUGCAUUAAUGGUAAUGCAUGCAAGGAAACAGCCCAGACUCGAUGAUGGGUAUAUGGAAAAGAGAGACGCCCAUCCGUUCCAGUCAUCCCAGUACCCAUCAAAGAAUUACGGAAUCGACAGUUAUUCAGACAGAUACAAGCGAGAUGGGGGCAGUUCUGACAGAUGUCGAGACAACAGCCCUUCAAGCCGUCUCAGUCCCAGAUAUCACAACAAAAGCUCUUAUUCUGAGAAAAUUAAAGAGAGAUACGAGAAAGGAUCAAGUAGUUUUCCCGACAGAAAGGCAAACCAUACCUACAGCAAUCAAAGAAGUAACAACCAAAAUGGUAACUACGACAAAGGCGUCAAAAACCUCCGUGACGUUAAGGAAAAAGAUGGAAAACCAGAGUCCCAGAAGACACCUGGACGAACCUGCGGAGAUUGGUCAGAGCAUGUCAGCUCGUCCGGUAUGCACUACUACUACAACUGUAAGACUGAGGUGUCUCAGUGGGAGAAACCAAAGGAUUGGACCGAAGGAAUGGGAUCAAAGUCCGAUGUCAAACCCAACAACUACACUCGUGGUGGAGCCAACAGUAGUGGUGGUGGAGGAGGAAACAGUAGUGGAGCCAAACACAAUUACUCUAAUAAAUCCACAAGUUUUCAAGUCUCUACAGACAAGUCCAAACAUUCCAGUAAUGCUGCGGACCGAACAUUAUUAUCAGAGAAAAACCUCAAACGAAGCAUGUCGGAUAUUAACCCGACCUAUCCCCACAGUGGAAAACCGGACAAAAAAUACAUUAUUGAAAAGUUCCAGGCCAGCCAGCAUCUGGCUGUGGAACAGCAACAUCUCCGAGGAGGACCUAGUCAGUCCUCUUCUCACCAUCGGACUCCUCACGCUGUGGACCAUAAGCCAGACAAUGCUACAAUGUUUCACAGGAAAGAUGGCUCAGGGACUUACCCUGAUCCACAGGGCAGCCAGGCAAACAGACGUUACCGACGUAACAGCGAAGGAAAUAGAUCAUACAGUGGUGGUGGUCAAGUGACACCCAGAAAACACAAUCAUGAUUCACAGAUGGAUGACAUGGAUAUAUCACCAGGAAGUUCGCCAUCAAGUUCACGGCGGUCAAGUUGUGCAGGCACACCACAGUUAGGUCCCAGUUCUACACCCAUGUCACUUCCUACGUCAACGGCGGCAGCUCUAGCCGGAAUAGCCCCCACAGGCGCCACCUCCCCACUCCUCUCCACGAUACCCUGUCUGAUAUCCAAGCUCAGCGGCAGUCAGAGAAAUCAAGAUCUAACCCAUAAAGCCUUGCAAACCUUACAGAGAUUACAAGAGGUGAUAAGUCGCCAGAUAGCCCAGCAAACAAGUCCUGGUAACCCACCCCAGCAAUCUCCCAGGCCUACAAGCGAUGUGCCGACUUCCCAGACAGCACACCAGCCAGUCCAAAACAAACCCCACCAACACUCUCAUCAUCAUCAGCCUUCCCCACAUAACUCGAAUCUGCUCCUCAGUCCGCAGGGCAUCCACUCCCAUCAUCCCCAAUCCCACUCUCAUCCUCAUCCCCACCCUGACAAUAACUCCCAUCACCAUCACCACCCAGCUGGUCAGAGAGACCCACCUCACACCCCAGGUGGACACAGCUCAUCAUCGGUGUAUGGCAAGCUGAAUCAAAUCUCUCGCCAUGAUGACGACCACCACAUGACGGGGCCAGGGGGUGGUGAGAGUCCGCUGUCCGAGACAAGUCAAGGACCCUCCUGUUUAAGUCCGGGAUCCAGUACAACAAGUUCUCAAACAGCUGCAGUGGCCCACGCUGAACUGUCGGCUGCUGGUAUCACCAAGGAAACGUCGAUGGGCAUCAAUCCAGCUCUCAAAAAUUAUUAUAAUGAAAAAUUAAUAGGCCAUGUGUUAGGCUGGCAGGCAGAGCAUGCAGAGAGACAGGCCAAAAAGUACAGACAAGAAAAUCUAACAAUAGAUUGUAUGCGAUGCAGUCAAGUGAGUGUGGAACUAAAGCGUGCGAGGUCCCUUGUGCGGAUUGCAGAAAUUCAGUCAACAUUACAUGAACAAAGAAUAUUAUUUUUAGCUCAACAAAUUCAUGAACUAGAGAAUAUGAAGCCUCCGUCAUUUUCAUCAUCUCAGUCAUUUACGUCGUCCUCACAUUCUUAGGACAGUGUCAUUGCCCCGUAGAAUUCUUGCUGGCAGAAUUAGGGAUCAAACUGACGGCCCACAUAUCCCCACGGGACUUGCAUCAGCAGUAGGCGGACUUUCUGGACUAAGUUAACAAGGUGCCAUACAAAAUGGAGCAAAAGGGUCCCCAAAGAAAUCUAUAAACUCUACAGCAAAGAAUGUGAUUAAUUUAAAGUAUUUCAAUCCAUGAUGUAUUGUUUUUAGUAGUCUGUCCAUGAAAAUUGAAUGCUGGGACAGUUUUGCAAGUUGUGUGCAAGAGGUUUUUACUACUAUUUCUGAAAGUUCUAGCUUCAUAUGAUAUCUGUGACAGACAUGGAUAUGUUGUCGUUGCAAUAUGUUUCAUACAACUUCUACUGUUGUAAAUCUUUCAGGAGUUUUCUUUUUAAUUUUUUUUAUCUAUAAUACUAAACCCAGCUGACUUUAAAACAGAUUUAUGUAUAACAAGUGAAAUAAGACAAGAUAUAUUUCUGUAGAUAAAUGGCUGGACCAUGCAAGGUGUGUCUAACUCAGACAGCCAAGCUCAAUUUUUUGCUAUCAAAGGUAAAACUGCAUCAGUAAGCUCGCUACUUUGUACCAACUAAGGAAAACAACUCAUCAACUUAAACAGAAAAGGUAGUGAUUAUCGAUUUGUAUAGUUAUCAAUACAUAAUCAUCAAAUUGUAUACAACUAAUCAACAUUUACUACAAUGUUACAUAGGUAUGUCAACAAAGCUGUGAACUUCAGUAUUAUUUAAUCAUGUAUUGGUUUGAUGUUAAGUUGUUUGGCUAUCCCAUAAUAAACAUCUUGUGGUAUGAACAGGAACAAAAUGUAUUUACUUUUUAUAACCAAGUAAUGCUGUCAACAAACUUUUUGUGUGUCAGCCAUCAAUGUGGAUGGAACAGUAGCAUGUGUUAAAACAGUUUUCCUUUGAUGUAAAUCUUAGUCAAAUUGCUUGUUAUAGAAUCAAGCCUGAGAUAGGCUUCUAAUGAUAUUGAAUACAAUUAUACUAGAUAUCUACUAGAUCUACUUCAUCUAUUGUACACGACAGGACAGUCGGCUAAGUAUGUUUGUUUAAUACUGUAUAAAAUAUUUAGCUCAGGGAUCCAAUGUAAUAUGGACGGUAAAUUCUUUUGAGGAUGUCCUGUAGUAAAAGAUAGGAAGCUUGGAUAUUGUUGGGCAGGCUUUUUGUUGGGACCAGUGAUUUUAGUUCCAACACAUCAUGCUGAUCUACAAGUUACCACAGCUUUGUAGUUUCUAAAUAUUGAUAACUCGAUAUGGUUUACCACUGCAAUUAAGCUCAAUUGUGAUUAAAGGGUUUCCAUCAACUUUAAUAAGUUUUAAGGUUUGAAAGAAUUAUCUUGGAUAACUUCUAGAAAGUAUUAUCUUGGAUAACUUCUAUCAAGGAUGGAAAUUUAUGGAAGCUUAAAAAAUCAAAUCUGCAAGAAGUUAAUUUGUUUAUAUUUUCUGAAUUUUUAGGCAAUUUUUUUCAAAAUGAACAAAUGCCU